UGCUCAAUAUGUAAUCAUUUCCUAUGUUUUUUUUAAUCAGAAUAGUAGCAAAAAUGUCCAGUCUGAAUCAAUGAAAAAAAUUGCACUUGGGGAUUUUUUGUAUUCCAAGGCUAGUUUUCAAUGGCUAUUAAAAAGCGACUUAUCAUAAAAACAAAAUGAGAAUGUUGAUUAAUUAACAAGCACUGCAGACAUGGCAAACAUGACUCAUAUUUUUACACAUCAGAUAAAAAUAUGAGUUACAAAAUAAAACUUGAGAUUGCACAUAUAUUAUCUAACAAAUCUGAAUGCGAUAGCAGAAUUGGACCCUAUAAAAGGAUAAGUUACUGCUGAGGAACGAUACUCAAAUUCAUAAAUCAAAACUAUGGAGACCUGGAUGCGGAUUGCCCUCUGUUUAUUGUUGGCUUCUUUCGCCAAUGCUGACUGCGAUGCAGACGUGGAUGCUUAUAUUCAAGCAUUAAGCAAUCCGACGAGCCUUCAACUGUGGUCUCUAGAAAGUAAGAUUCUGUAUUUUAUCAUUAUCAGUCAGUGCCAAAAUGUUCAAAUUUCAAGUGUUUGAUUCGUCAACAAAAUUCAUUGCGGAUGGUGUCUUUGAGCUAUCAUUUAUAUACCAAUUCGCGAAUUACGACCAAUGCUUGGCGGUGAAUGGUCCUCAAGCAGCGGACGGACAGCCUAGAUUCAUUGGACAGUACUGCUUUUUUGAUGCUGGCAUAAGGAUUCCCUUAAACGACAUUAAUUCUAAAAACGCCUUACAAUUGCAGCAGAAUUUGAAGUAUUUUACAGAUUUUCGCAAAGUGAAAACGGCCACUGCAGACAGUGAGCUAACUCUCCCAUCAUUUUGGGGUGUGUGUGCACCAUCAUCGUGUGGCUCGGAUGGAGUGAAGCGAGUUGCUGACUUCAACAUGCAGAUUUUUGCAAGCACUUUUGGUUCCGAAGCAAAUACAACCAUUUGGCCAAACUCUUGCUACCACAAUAAUGAUGGUUCCACGGAUUUGGACGUAGCAUCUUGGUGUUUCAUCGCAUUUGUUUCUCUUCUCGUUGUCUUGAUAGGCGUGUCAACUUUAAUUGAACUAAUGUUUCCAACGUUUGGUAAAUAUUUGUGUAUUUAAUACCUCACAUUAGGUCACGAUAUUUCAGGGCUUCAAUCAAUUACCAAUGCAUUUUCCCUUAAGCAAACUCUUGUAAGGGAUUUAAUGAGGAUUCCUAAAGGAAAUGUCUCUGGGCAUUUGGGAUGCUUGCACGGAAUGAGAACAAUAUCUAUGCUUUGGGUUAUUUUAGGCCACACCUAUAGCAUUGCCAUAAGUUUUCCUGUGCAAAAUUUUGCGUCUUUUGCCCCUAAGUGUAUGUCGCACACUUGGUACCUCUGCGUGGACAUGCAGCUUGCUCUCUUAGCACCCUUGGUUAUUUACCCGCUGAUGCGAUGGCCCAAACUUGGCCUUAUAGCGAUUUUAUUUCUCACGCUGGGAUCGGUCGCUGCCGUCUUUGCUGUCACUUAUACUGAGGGUUUACCGUGGACAUCACAGUUCAACGUUGAUGCUGCCAAAUCAGACCGAUACUGGAACGUCAUUUAUAUAAACACGCCGAUGAGGGCCUCGCCGUAUCUGAUUGGAAUGGCCCUUGGCUAUUUUCUAAGUAAGAAGCACUACGUGUCAUUGCCUAAGUGGGAAGUAGCCUUGGGAUGGUUUGGAAGCACGGCUCUUGCCCUUACAGUCAUAUUUCUCGUGCUAAUUCCUAAUUCAGAUGAUUAUGUUGAAAACGCUGUAGAAGCUGCAUUCUACAGCAGCCUUCACAGGCCUGCUUGGUCCAUUAGUCUAUGCUGGAUAAUUUGGGCUUGUGUCAACGGCUACGGAGGAUUUGUUAACACAAUUUUGUCCUGGAAAUUUUUCAUCCCUCUAAGCAAACUGACUUUCAGUGCCUAUUUGGUGCACAUGACAGCAAUGAAUUUAUAUAUCGGCCUUCGAAGGACUCCAUACUUUGUGUCACACAUUGAAAAUUGGUACCUGUUUUUCGGUUUUAUUAUUCUUACUCUUCCGUAUGCCAUUUUCCUUUACUUGGCGGUGGAGGCACCAUCAAUGAAUUUGAUGCGGCUGGCUUUCAAAAAACGGAAGGCUGACACAGCAUUUGUAGCUGACAAGGCCAAUAAAUCACUUGAAAAAGAAGCCUGA